GUGAGCUUCUCUGGGGCUCUCAUAGGUUUGUCUCCGUGCCAGGACGACCCCAGCACCUUGGAGACCAUGGAGGAGCUUCUGUUACCAAGCGGUAAAGAGGAGACCUGCUCUGACCAGAGUUCUUUCGCUCCUGGAGCCACUGCAAGGACCCUGGGGAACCGGGUCAAGGACUACUUCAUGGACAGGAUAAGGAGGGUCCGGUGGAGGAACUGGAGGGAUUUUUGCAGGAGGAACGGGCUGCUGACUCUGUCAGUUAUAGCUGUGAUCACCGGCUGUACGUUAGGCUUCUUGCUAAGAGGGACUCAGCUGUCCACCCAGGCUAAGAUCUACUUCUCUUUUCCUGGAGAGCUGCUGAUGAGGAUGCUGAAGAUGCUCAUCCUUCCUCUCAUCACGUCCAGCUUGAUGUCAGGUCUGUCAUCCAUGGAGUCCAAGGCAUGCUGCAGGAUGGGCGUCCUCACUGUUACCUAUUACCUGUGGACCACCUUCAUUGCUGUGGUGGUCGGCAUCGUACUCGUUCUCAUCAUCAAACCCGGCACAGGGACGGAGAUGGAUAGCAACCGUCUGGGCGGUGGGCCAGUCAUGACCUCGGCCGAUGCCCUGCUCGACCUGAUCAGAAACAUGGUUCCCUCCAACCUGAUCGAAGCCACAUUCCAGCAGUACAAAACGGACCUGAUCCCCAUUCUCAAAGUCCCAGUCAGAACCAUCCAGCCUAACUUUGUCUAUGUGGUCCCUGACGACAGUGACCCUAAAGGACGGACAGUCUACCUGGAGCUGACUCCGCCCCCAGACGUCAUAUACAAGACAAGUCCGGGCAGCAGCCAGCAGAUGAAUGUCCUCGGGAUUGUCAUCUUCUCCGCCACCAUGGGUCUGCUGCUGGGCAGGAUGGGAGAACGUGGAGCUCCGCUGGUCAACGUCUGUCAGUGCAUCAAUGAGUGUGUGAUGAAGAUCAUCAAUGCUGCUGUGUGGUAUUUCCCAUUUGGGAUCAUCUUCUUGGUGGCAGGGAAGAUCUUGGACAUGCAGGAUCCGAGCACGCUGGGAAAGAAGCUGGGCUGGUAUGGCGUCACUGUCCUCACUGGCCUCUUCGUUCACGGCCUUGUCCUCCUCCCUCUGUUCUACUUUCUCCUCACCAGGAAGAACCCCUUUAGCUAUAUCCGGGGGUUGCUGCAGGCCAUGGUCAUCGCGCUGGCCACCUCCUCCAGCUCUGCCACACUGCCCAUCACCAUGAAGUGUCUGCUGGAGAACUGCCACGUUGACCGGCAGAUCGCUCGCUUUGUCCUGCCUGUUGGAGCCACCAUCAACAUGGACGGCACGGCGUUGUACGAAGCUGUGGCGGCCAUCUUUAUUGCUCAAGUUAACGAUUAUGAGCUGGACUUUGGCCAGUUAGUCACCAUCAGCAUUACAGCCACAGCUGCCAGCAUCGGAGCAGCAGGCAUCCCUCAGGCCGGACUGGUUACCAUGGUGAUCGUGCUCACCUCUGUGGGCCUGCCGCCUGAUGACAUCACACUAAUUGUGGCCAUUGAUUGGAUCCUGUAA